GUUACACAAUCUGGCCAAUCAGCAGCAUCCUUGCUCAGUUGCGGUCCAAUAGGCGGCGGUUUUGUAAGAACAGUUGCAGCCACAACAAGAAGUUUCCAAAAUGGGGCUGGAAAGUACUAUGGUCUGCGUGGACAACAGCGAGUACAUGAGAAAUGGAGACUUCCUCCCAACGAGGCUGCAAGCUCAACAGGACGCUGUCAACAUUGUUUGUCACUCCAAAACACGGAGCAACCCAGAAAACAACGUGGGCCUCAUCACCAUGGCUAAUAACUGCGAGGUCCUGACCACACUGACACCAGACACCGGCCGCAUCCUGUCCAAACUCCAUGCUGUCCAGCCCAGAGGGAACAUCUCUUUCUGCACUGGCAUCAGAGUGGCGCACCUGGCCUUAAAGCACCGACAGGGAAAAAACCACAAGAUGAGGAUAAUCGCCUUUGUGGGGAGUCCCGUGGAGGACAACGAAAAAGACCUUGUUAAGUUGGCCAAACGCUUAAAAAAGGAGAAGGUGAAUGUGGAUAUCAUCAACUUUGGCGAAGAGGAGGUGAACACAGAGAAGCUGACGGCCUUCAUCAACACCUUAAAUGGCAAAGAGGGGACGGGCUCCCACCUGGUCACGGUGCCGCCCGGGCCCAGCCUGGCGGACGCGCUGCUGUCCUCUCCCAUCCUGGCCGGCGAGGGAGGGUCCAUGAUGGGUCUGGGCGCCAGCGACUUUGAGUUUGGUGUGGACCCCAGCGCUGACCCAGAACUGGCCCUGGCGUUGCGUGUUUCCAUGGAAGAGCAGCGCCAGAGGCAGGAAGAGGAGGCCCGCAGAGUCGCCGCAGCUUCUGUGGCUGAAGCUGGCCUGCCCGCAGCCGGCGCCGAUGAAUCAGAGGACGCUCUACUAAAGAUGUCGGUGUCUCAGCCUGAGACGGGGGCAGCCGUGCUUCCCGACUUCAGCAGCAUGACGGAGGAGGAGCAGAUAGCCUACGCCAUGCAGAUGUCCCUCGCUGGAGGAGAAUAUAGUGAAAUGGACACCACAGGGCCAAUGGACGCUGCAGAGUCUGUCAAAGAAGAGGAUGAUUACGACGUGAUGCAAGACCCCGAGUUCCUGCAGAGCGUCCUGGAGAACCUGCCUGGCGUGGACCCAAACAACGAAGCCAUCCGCAACGCCAUGGGCUCUCUGGCCUCGCAGACGGGCAAUAAGCCCGAUGGAAAAAAGGAUGAGGAGAAGAAGAAAUGAGGGGAGCGUAACGGGGGACGGUUGUAUCAGAAGCUGACACUCAUGUCAUCACCCAAAGGAAGCAUCCGACUGCAGUCACAUUUCUGUACAUUGUAGUAACUAGUUAAUUAGAAGUGGAGUGAUGCAGAUGCCAUUAUCCGCCUCACUUUUGUUUAUUUUGCAAUAAAGCUGUAAAG